UUUUGGGUUUGUCCUUGUUGCAUCGUGCUCAAAUUAGGAGUGCUUUCUAAUAUUUCGCGUUAACACUAAAUUACUUACGAUGUCUGCUCAACCGGAGGAACUCGCAGAAAUGCAAGGCGUUCUACAGAAUGAAUCACAGAUUUCGGAACAAUCGGAAGAAGAUUUGGCCACGGUCAUCGUACAGGAACCCGAGGAGCAACCGGUGGAAGAGGAUCGCCUGGCCCUGCUGGCCCGCCCUAGAACGUUACAGCUACAAGCGACCCUGUCCCAGUUUGAACAUCGAUUUCAACCGCAAAUGAUCGAUCGCAUCAAGUCCCAAAUUCGCGAGCAAGGAGGAGAGAUUAAGAAAUCGCCCUCCACCGUUAUGAAGGAAAGCGUUCAGAAAUCUCGCCAGAAAUCGACCGAAAUAUAUAACAACCAGCAGGCUCGGUUACGUCGGGUUGCCUUUGAUACGCUGGCCGGCAAGGUGCUGGAGUCGCUACCGCAAUUGCUCGCUCAGUUAGAAAAUGGGACGAAGCUCCCGAAGGACAUGGAGAUGCUGAUGGAUACGCUGUACGGCACGGUGAUUACUUAUCUUGGCCAACCGUCCAACGAGCAGGAGAAGAAAGUUUAUCACCAGCUUUGCUUUGGUUUGGCCAAAUUUAUAGAAACAAUCAUCGAAGACGUGCGCACCGGUCCACCGGAAAUUCCAGUGACGAGAAGAAAGAGCCAUGAACUGCUUUAUAAGGAUCCCGUUGAGAUAACUAGGAAGAUUCAUCAGAGGCGCGUGUAG